AUGACCAGGGGAGAAGACGUCCUAGAUAAGAGUUCUGCAGCCAUCCUGGCUGCCAUCGUCAUGGUUGUCAUCAUCAUUGUCACAGUGGUUCUGAUCCUGCUGAAAACGUACAAAAGGAGAAUGAGUGCGAGGAGGGAGCUGGAACCCAAAGGCCUGAAGUUAGCUGUCCCUCCUGCCCUGGACACAAACAGCAGCAGCAGUGGCAGCCUGCGACUGUGA